GGAACAGCAGUUACCAAACAAGCCACUGUACUGCAAGAAUGUGACAAAAAUCAGUCGCAACUAAAACGGCUCAGGAAUAAAAUUUAUGAAGAAGUCAUGCUUGAGUUUUAACAGUAACACAAAGAUGAGCACUCAUGACAAGCCAGUCGGCAAAAAGCAAAGACCAUGUCUAAGAAUCCCAUUUGUUCAUCAUCGUCAAACUGAUUUACUGUUUCACAAAAAUGCUCAAAGGAUUACAAAACACCCACAAGCCUUUCCAAUGCUGGGAGAGCUUCCUUCAUUAGCAGGUUUGCUGCUUUACCCAGGUAAGAGGGAAAAGAUGGUAACAACAACAGAAACUGCAUUUGGACCCAAAACAUGCCCCAAAGUUGAGCCAAAGAGGAUUAUACAGUGCAGUCUAACUCUAGAUGGGGACCAGUGCUUCAAUACAACACACAGGGAAGAUUACCCCGCUUAUACACUAGAUGGCAUCCCAAUUGUAUGGCAAAGAAAAGUCCCAGUAAGAGGGGAGAGGACUGCCCAAGAACAGAGAUCUUCUCUUUACCAGCAGGACUUUCCUGCCCCAAAGAGAAUCCAUGUCAGGAGAAACCAGGUCAUACCUCAUCCUGACAACCUGGCCAUCAACCCUUCAAUGAGAGCUGAAUACAGGACAGUGCAAAGAGAGACGUACCCAGGCUGGGACGUCUCUGUUCAUGCUCGACCAGCCCCUGCUCAACUUAAAAGAACAGCUUAAAAUAAAGCCUGAUGAAUCCUGUUACUGAGAAUCAAACUGCAUUGUUAAACUGGAUGCAUAAAAUAAUAAUUAAUAAUUUUGACUGUGCUGUUGUACUAUUCAACCUGUUUAUUGUAACAUGUAUUAUUGUUGUCAAUUAUGUUGUGACUGAUGUGUUGAACCAUGUCUCUACAUUUGAAAUAACAUAGAAAUAGCUACUGAACACACUCUUGAUCAAGAAUAAAUAAUCGAAGAGCAGUAGAGAUUUGCUAAGGAUGUGACAUAAGUCAUUUCUGGAGCUAACUGAAAGAUUCUGUGUUUGAAAAUCAUAAUUAAUAAAAACACACAAAAAAAGUGGACAA